AUGGCAAAAACUUAUGUGAAACCUAAGGAGAUCACAGAGUUGGUCAACACACCAUCAUGGAUGGACAAAGGUCUGGGCUCUCAGAAUGAGAUGAAAGAGGAGGAGAGAAGACCAGCUGCUUAUGGGAUGCUUGGCAGCUUAGCUGAAGAGCAUGAGAGUAUUGAGGAGGAAGAUGAUGAAGAAGAAGAUGAGGAGAAGCCUAGGAGAAGGGGUCCCAAGAAAAAGAAGAUGACAAAAGCUCGCCUUGAGAGAUUCAGGGCUCGAAGAGUCAAGGCCAAUGCUAGAGAACGGACCCGGAUGCAUGGCCUGAAUGAUGCCCUGGACAACCUGAGGAGAGUCAUGCCAUGUUACUCUAAGACCCAAAAGCUCUCCAAGAUAGAGACUCUUAGACUGGCCAGGAACUAUAUUUGGGCUUUGUCUGAGGUCCUGGAAACUGGACAGACACCUGAAGGGAAGGGCUUUGUAGAGAUGCUCUGUAAAGGGCUCUCUCAGCCCACAAGCAACCUGGUGGCUGGAUGCCUCCAACUUGGCCCUCAGUCUGUCCUCCUGGAGAAGCAUGAGGAGAAAUCUCCUAUUUGUGACUCUGCCAUCUCUGUCCACAACUUCAACUAUCAAUCUCCUGGGCUCCCCAGCCCUCCUUAUGGCCAUAUGGAAACACAUCUCAUUAAUCUCAAACCCCCAAUAUUCAAGAGUUUGGGUGAAUCAUCCUUUGGGAGCCAUCCACCUGACUGUAGUACACCACCUUACGAGGGCCCACUUACUCCACCCCUGAGCAUCAGUGGGAACUUCUCUUUGAAGCAAGAUGGCUCUCCUGACCUGGAUAAAUCCUACAGCUUCAUGCCACAUUACCCCUCCGCAAGUCUAAGCUCAGGGCAUGUGCAUUCAACUCCCUUUCAGGCUGGUACACCCCGCUAUGAUGUUCCCAUAGAUAUGUCCUAUGAUUCCUACCCCCACCAUGGCAUUGGGGCCCAACUUAAUACAAUCUUUACUGAUUAG